CUGCCAAGGUAGCAAUUAUCGUGCCCCACCCCUCGCUGCUUCGCUCUGCUUAAGAGCUCAGCCCCGUCCGCCUGCAGCGCAUGCGACUCUCGGCUCUGAGCUGCGCCCGCAGGUCCCCCCGUCCCUGGCGGCAGACCCAGCGCCGAGAGGCCGGCAGCAUGGCGCGCAAGAGGAUUGCGGUGAUUGGAGCCGGCGUCUGUGGGCUGAGCUCCGUUAAAUGCUGCUUGGAUGAGGGGCUGGAGCCCACCUGCUUUGAGAGGAGCCACGACAUCGGGGGGCUCUGGAGAUUUGAGGAGAAUCCCGAAGAGGGCAGGGCCAGCAUCUACAAAUCCGUCAUCAUCAACACCUCCAAGGAGAUGAUGUGCUUCAGUGACUUCCCCAUCCCGGAGGAUUACCCCAACUACAUGCACCACUCCAAAGUGAUGGAGUAUUUCCGCAUGUACGCCGAGCGCUUCGGCCUCCUGAGACACGUCCGCUUCCAGACCAAUGUGGUGAGCGUGACAAAGCGCCCGGAUUUCUCCACCUCGGGCCAGUGGGACGUGGUCACAGAGACGGAGGGGAAGCAGGACUCGGCCGUCUUCGAUGGGGUCAUGGUUUGCACCGGCCACCACACCCACCCCCAUCUGCCGCUGGCCUCCUUCCCAGGGAUCGACACGUUCAAAGGCCGCUUUCUCCACAGCCGGGAUUACAAGGAGCCCCAGGAGUUCUCGGGGAAGAGGGUCGUCGUGGUCGGCAUUGGCAGCUCGGGAACGGACCUGGCCGUGGAGCUCAGCCACACAGCAGAGCAGGUCUUCCUCAGCACGAGGCGGGGCGCCUGGAUACUCGGCCGGGUUGGAGAAGAAGGGUACCCCAUUGACACAAUUCAUGUCACUCGCUAUGAGGAAUCCCUCAGACGCAUUGCGCCUCUCCCCCUGCUUAACUACUUCUCAGAGAAGAAACUGAAUGCCAAAUUCAACCAUGCCCUCUACGGGCUGCAGCCUGCACACAGGUUCUCCAGCCAGCACCCAACCUUCAGCGACGACCUGCCGAACUGCAUCAUCUCCGGCAAGGUGCUGGUGAAAACCAACAUCCGGGAGUUCACCGAAACCGGCGCCAUCUUUGAAGACGGCACCAGAGAGGAGGACAUUGACGUGGUUGUCUUCGCCACGGGCUACAGCUUCUCUUUCCCCUUCCUCCGGGACUGUGUCAGCGUGACGGACAACCAGGUCUCCCUGUAUAAAUUCACCUUCCCCCCGCAACUGGAGAAGCCAACUCUGGCUUUCAUUGGCCUCAUCCAGGUACUGGGGGCCGUCAUGCCCGUUGCGGAACUCCAGGCUCGCUGGGCCACGCGUGUGUUCAAAGGGCUGAGCGGAUUGCCUUCCGCCAGCGACAUGGAGGCCGACAUUGCCCGCAAGAGAGAGGAAAUGGCAAAACGGUAUGUGAAGAGCCAGCGAUACACCCUUCAGGCGGAUUACGUCCCGUACAUGGAUGAAGUGGCCUGCCUGGCCGGAGUCCAGCCCAAGCUGCUGUCGCUCUUCCUCACGGAUCCAAAGCUGGCCAUGGAGGUUUUCUUUGGGCCCUGCACGCCGUACCAGUACCGCCUGCGAGGGCCGGGGAAGUGGGAUGGAGCCAGGAACGCCAUCCUGAGCCAGCGAGAACGGAUUAUUAAGCCUCUGAAAACCAGAGUCCUAGCUAAGGAUACGCGUACCUUGGAGCCUCGCUACUUGUGGAUUUUUCCCAUUGUUGCUUUAGCUGCUGUAAUUUUUGCUUAUUUCCAAGUGUUGUUGUUCAAGCCGUGAGCCCAGUUCAUGGUUUGCCUUCUUUCCUGGCCUAGGACGGGAAUUUCUGCGGUCAGCUACCUCCGCGAGGCACGCCUGCCCUCAGCGUCGGGUACACUGGCUCUGAUGCAGAUACAAAGGGUGCACAAGGCCUGUCAAGCCCACUCAAGCCCUGUUUUGCAACCGCACAACAAGAGAUCUAACCAGAGAAAUCCCC